AUGGGAGAUAAAGGAGAAAAGAGUUUUGAUGACGAACUGGAAAUGAUGGUUUUAAGGGAGGGAAAUCAGAGACCAAUCGGGCAAAAAGGAUCAAUAAGGAAUCUAGGAGAGCCCGAAUCGAAAGGAUCAUGUGGUCUGUUAAGAUCGGAGAAUCAGGAGCCAAUAGACCUCCUGGCAAGAUCCGGGCCGAACGGAUGCUGGCAGUCCAGGACAAAUGACACAGUCAGAGUACCAGCGUAG